AAUUGCUUACGUAUUUAUGAAAUAUUACUGUGCGUAGGUCGGUGGGCGUGUAUGUUCAGCCCACAGUUUUCACUCAUUUUCCUGUUGGGUUUCCGCUUGUGACAAAGGCAUUCACAGCCAAAAAAAAAAAGCCAGGGGGCGUGGCACUCUCUGUGCAAUUAAUUUAGAUCAAUAAAGCACUUUAUAUUUAAAAAGUGGUUUAAAAUGUUUAAUAUCAUUGAAACUCAUUCUAUCAACAUUGGAAUUCAAAGGAAAUUUUUAUUUCCCAGAAGUCUGAGUGUCAAACGAAUUUGACACCAGGGAUACAUGAAGUUGGGGAAACCCAAAAGUGCGAUUUAAUUCAUCUCAAAAGUUAAUAAUGGGAGAACUUGCUAUGAUUCUGCUUAGAAACGAUUAAAAUAAUGAAUCAUAACUUGUCUUGGACAUUAGCAGAAAUACUUUAAGUAAAAAGUAAUGAGUUAAUUAAUCGACAUAUUUAUAAAAUAUAUUUGUAGUAAUGGCAAAAUAGAAGUGAAAAAAUUUAAAUUUUAUUAAAUGCAAUUAAAGUAACAAUGUAGAAUAACUCUUAAAUUGUAUAAACACUAAAGUAUAAGAUACCAUAAACAAACAAUGUAAUUAUUUAUUAUUAUUAUAUUUGAUGUUUUAGAUUUUCAGCCGUAUACCAGUUAACUAUUUCAGUUUUUAGAUAAUAACGAAAUCUCGAACCUGUUUAGAUGUAAUAAUUAAGUUGUUAAUCUAAGUAAUUACCUUAAACAAUGGGUGAAUUUGUGGAGACUUUGGAAAGAAUCGCCCUCGAGUUGGUGGCGAACUUGGUACACGGUAAUGCCACUUUGAGGGUUCCUCGGAAUUCGACAUCUAGAGAUUAUCGACGCGUCACCUAUAAUAACCAUAGAAGUCGUCAUAGUUUUUGCCUCCUGGUUUACAUGCUUUCCAGGGCUCACCGAUUGCAAGUGAACGGUGGAAGCUUCACCGUGCGUGGGCUAUACUACAACGAUCCGGUGUUGAUCCGAUCUCAAUUCAAGAUUGCCAAGGCCAGGUUGGAUGUCUGUCGUAUGCUUAAUACAUCUCCUUUUACAUUAGGCAUACUGGCGGCCUCUAAGGGCAUAAUGGCAGGCGAUAUACGUCUGCUAAUGACGAAUGGAGAUGUACUGGACAGCACCAUGUAUGGUGGAGCCAUGACGCUGCCAACCGAUCCCGAGAAGAUAGACCGUAUAGAAACGCACGCGGAUUUCGUGCUGAUCGUUGAGAAGGAGUCGGUGUUCGAGGGUCUUUUGUCGAAAAAGGUUUUUGUUUCUCUUGAACAAAGCUUCAUCUUGAUAACUGGCAAAGGAUACCCGGAUUGUUGCACCCGGAGAAUUGUUCAUCGUCUUACCGAAGAGAACCAAUUGGCGGCUUACAUUCUUGUGGACGCCGAUCCCUUUGGUAUUGAGAUAAUGCUCGUAUAUCGUCAUGGCUCGCAGGCCAUGGGUUUUUCCAGCCAAGGACUAACUACACCUUCGCUGCGUUGGAUUGGGCUACACCCCUCGGAGAUUCCUGCACUCGGCAAUGGAGCGGUUGCCCUGGGCACCGGCGACAACAAGAAAAUCAAUGACCUCCUCGCCCGCAACGAUUUGGAGCCGGGAGUGCGACAGGAACUGCGCAUGCUGCAGGACGUUCAGCUAAAGGCCGAAAUCGAGAGUGUCAUCGACUUCCUGACCGACGACUAUAUACCGAACAAAAUCAAUCGGAACUUGUUUUUGUAGAGCUCGUUAGUAAACCCCAUGGGUCAAGCGAUAAAUGAAUACUUUCGCAUUGUUAAUAUGUUAAUAUUUAGUUUAAAAGAUACUAUGUAAAUAGAGUAGUGAUAAGAUUCCUGAAUAUGUUAACUGAUUUAGUCCACGUAAUCGGUUUUCCAUUAAUAUUUGAUUUCAUUAAAAUAUUCCGCUGAUUACGCAAAAUAAUGAAGCAACCCGUCAUGGCUAAUUUAAUUUCCGUUUGCCCUUGUUUUAGCCUCUGUUCUGGACAACCAAAUUGAUUUUUAGUUAGUAUGUUGGAUUUAAUCUAUAUAAAAAUUAAAAUUAAAUUAAGUCAAGUAAGCCUAAGUCAAAGCAUCUUUAUGUAGUAUUUUCGUCUUUGUUUGAGAAAUUGACUUAAGUAUUUUCCAAAAUUGGUAUUUGGAAAAACUUUAAGUGAAUAUCGGGAUAAUUGACGGAUAAUAGCAUUUUUACACUGGUUAAGUCUGAGUAAUCUGCUUCUAGUGGCUCGUUUUUGAUUGGACAACUUGAUUUUGUGCGGACAAAGCUAGUAGAGUCAACCAGACAAAGGAGAUUAUUUAUUGUGGCUUUAAAGUAUUAUGGCUGGAGGUCGGUAAUCGGAGUCAGUAAUUGGCUACGUUUUUGAUAAAGUCGAGGGAAUGACCAGCCAUUUAAUGAGUGCCAAAAGAUACUUUGUUCAACUUGUUGCUAAUUU